CGGCUAUUUAAGGCAAUGGCGUUCUUUUUAAUUAAUGCAUAACGCCGAUUGUACAAAAGUUGGCAACGUUUCGUUUCGCUACUCGCGUAAAGUCAAAUUCAGGAACCACGUUCGAAAACUUGAUCAGCAUUCAGAGGAACUGAGGAUUUUGCUUGCCAUAUUUCAACACCGUGGUAAGUGUUAGAGUUGAUUGUGAUGUGAUCCGCAAGGAAAGGGGAAAUUGGCAAAAUAAAUCGCACGAAACUAAAUUAGUCUCGCGGCAAACGUCUACAGACAUGGUUUUCUUUGAAAUUAUUCGUACGCUCGGGAGAUCUUCGUCGUGUUUAGAUCUAGUACACAAAAUUACAAGUUUAUCUUAAGCGACAAGGUACUUCAUUUGUUUUAGAAUGUACUUACCCAUGUACUGAAGUCCUUUUAUGUUGAUAAAUUUUGCAAAGCGAUUACAAUUCUCGAAGAUGUGUAUAGCGGUUUCGUUGAGAGGAAACCAUACCCUGUGUCGAUUUUUUUUUCAGAUCGCGUUUUUCUUCUCUCUUUACUGAGAGCAUUGAAGCUUUGAUUUUUAGCCAACCCUUAUUGUCGUGGCUAUGUCGUCUUCUAAGGCAUAAACUCACCAAAGUAUUGUCAUUUUUUAUAUUUUUUUUUUUACUCGAGUCUAAACAGUAUUUCGUUAGCGUUCCCACGUGCUGUGAGGUGACAGCUGUUAGGCAGAAUCUGUUUUGAAUAUGAUUUUCUAGCUUUUUCAUCUUAACAUCUCAUCUAGUUUCAGAUUUUUUCAGCGCAGUUUAAAAUCUAACUGAAUAAAUUAUUGCGUCGGCCCUUUAUGCAGAAGCUUUUCGGGAAUUACUUUUAGGAUUUGCUUUACCAACUAAAUCGGCAUUUAAGAAUUUUGUAAGAAUUAAGAUGUUACCUGCUUUUAGUAGAUAUCUGAAAGCCUCACAGCUGUAAAUCGAUCUGAAAUCUAACAAACGAAAGAGGGCACAUUUAUUUUCAUCAGAUUUUGUUACUUUAUGAAUUGCGUGAUAUAACUUGCUACGCAGGGAAAUAUUUUUUUAACUCCAUUUCCUGAUAAAUCGGUACUGAUAAAAAAUUGUAGUCGUAAGGUAGUAAACAAUAAGACAGUGUGAAAAUCUAUCAAGAGCAUUCAGCAUUUCGGGGUUAAAGCGCUCGAGUUCUUAUUUCGACGUUUGUCGUUACCAAAUGCAGUUAUCUUUUUUGCUAUCUGAACAUAUCUCGGUCUUCACCACACAUUGGACUUGAGUUUCAUAUUUUUUCGUCGGAUAUCUGAACAAGUUAUUCCUGAAACAAAGCUGCGAUUCGUCUGAAAACUGAUAAGAUCCUCCGAGUGCGAAUUGAAAAUUGUGGUUUUGGGGGUAAUUGUGCUCCCAAUUCCUCGUUCCGUAAAUGCAAAGAAAGUCACUUUGUUGAGCUUCAUGUCUUUAUCAUCAUACGACCGGCGACAUUCGCAUUGCAAUACCUUUAAGCUUUUUAAAGUAAAUCUUUCACUUAUGACCGAGUUUGAGGAGUUUUGCAAAGCUUGUUUUACGUUUGAUGAUGUGCAGGAGGUUCUUAGCAAUGACUACGUAGUAGUUCCAAAGAUUUAGGUAGCCACUCAAAGAACUCAAGUAAGUCUCGAUCAUUAUUUUACUGAGAGCUACUUAAAAGAAACUCUAUUCCAAUAUUUUGAAAUAAUGCUUUUAUCAGAGACUGGAGUUUCAAGGACGACAUGACGAAACUCAUUGAACCAGUUCAUUGUAAACAAAGGACAUACGUUUUCACAAUAGAAUUCUACGCCAAACGCAAAUAAUCCGAUAAUUGCACGUGUGAAUUAAGGAGAAUGUAAUUAACAGUUCCUGUAUUCAUUUAAACAUAUUAGAAAAGAGUACAAUUGAUUAACCAAGGCCGUUUUAGAUUCUGAGACUCUCAGAUAAGUAGUUUUAAGCUCUUCAUGUCGCGAAAUAACUGUAUAUGAAACCCGGCCUUAAAUGUACUAUUCCAAUCUAUUUUAAAUCUUUACGUCAAAAGAGACGAUGCAUUGUUUUAGUUACGUAGAAUACUUUUUAUUACUAAAUCAUGUUCAGUGAUGAUUCCAAAAUAAAGCAAGUCAAAGUGCUUUAACCCUCCGAUAGAAACGUCAUAAUACACGUAUUGUAGACAGAGAGUAGUUUUACACGACUACUGUCCGCAUCCAAAACAACUGAAUGAACGCGUGUAUGAAGCGGUAACCAUGGUGGAUAAGUUGUAAUGGAUUAAUGUAUCCAGACAGAAUGCUCGCUUUGAAAUUUCACAACGCAUGUAUCUUAAGCCCUCAAUUUUAGAAUUAAGAGCUGUUUCUUACCCUUUUGAAAGUACUUGGACGAUCCUUAAACGGGUGGGUAACAAUUGUGCCUGUCUAUAAAAGUUAAUAAGGCAAACUGAUACGUGAGAACGAUAAUUUUUAGUCGCAUCAUGUGAAAGCCGAUUGCAUAGCACUCUAAGAGUGGAUCUUUGCUUCAACUUUUACAGCUAUUUCACCAAUUUAGUUGUCCCAACAAUGAAAUCUGCCAGUUACAUCGUUGAGAUCGAAAACGAGUAGUGUGCAUACGAAUAGUUUUCUCCUUUGACGUAAGCACAGUAAGGGAAAACCAAAGCGUAAUGUAUUACAACUACUUCACAGUUAUUACGAUCAUAAUUUCAAAGUAUUUCAACUGAUUUUUGGCUCACUUUGGUAACUUUAGCUGGCUCUAGUCGCACUUUAGGUUUUUCUUAUUACCAAGGACAUGCAGAUAACUACAUCAGUUCUCUUGAAGAAGUGUUCUGAUGCCAUUGCUCUCUUUAAAUUUCAGAUUACUCGGGAGAAUUAUCAAAUGAGGCAUGUUUCAAGUUGGUGUGGGAAAUAGACAACAUCAAUAAAAAGAAAAGACUGGUUCAAUAUGGAGGAGGAAUUUGCCUCGAACGACGAGGGCUUCGACGAAAACAUUUUAGAGGAUGAGAAUUUCCAAGUGGCUCCUGACCCUUAUAAUUGCACUCUACAAAUACACGUCAAAAAGGGGGAGGCCAACUCCCUUAAAAGGCUUUAUUUGCCGUUUCUCGAAGGAAUGGACCCUACAUUUCAAUUCAUUUCAAUCAAUGAAAGUAACGAUGUCAAUGCCGCAUUGGACUCCUGGACAGAUGAAAGUAAUGAUUCCAGCAUUUUACAAUGCCAGGCGAUAAGCAUUGUUCUAUUUCUUUACGAGACGUUUGGUCGCUUAUCAGCCAUUGAUGUCCAAAACAAACUCAAUUUUCCUCCUUGGAAAUUCCACCACAGGGUAGAGUUGCCUGCGGACGCAAAACCUCGAGUUACUGCGCUUCAAGACUUUUACCAGACUAUUCCCGGGCUUCCUCUCUGGUCUGUUUGCCCGGUGCAUUAUGGGAACGAACACUUGCGUUUUCAUAUAUUUACGCGGAACUUUAUGCAGAUGAGAUCGUUCUAUGAGAUUUUAACCGGGAAGAAAGCCAUUAGCGGAUCGCCUGGAUUUUGUUUCUUUACCAUUUAUUCUCAAAGCGGCUUUGACGUUCAGCUUUCCCUAAAACAGUUGCAGCAGAUAUGCCCCAAACCGUCGGAAUUUGUGCGGUUAAAGUUUAAAAUUAAAGACAUUGAUACAGUGUUACCUUAUCUGGGCGAGCAGCCUCUUGUACAAAAAGAAAAUGGGUGGUGGAUUGUGACUGACCCUGACGGUAAUGAGCUGAUCAUAGAGGAGACUGAGCCGAGUCAUACCAGAACGAGGACAGGCAGACUCCUGUCGAGUACAAGUUUAGAGACCUCAGACUAUGACACAGCGUCCAUCGACACGGAGAGUUUAGCAGGGAGCAUGAAUCAUUCGCCUCACGGAACUUUAAAUGCAAGUUUUUCAGAGAGUUUUACGCUAUUCUGA